UGCGUACUUACAAGAAAACUUCAAUAUUAUCACGAAUGAUGCUUCCGUUUAUCGCGAUGUAAUAACAAUAUUUCAUGUGUUUCUGAGCUCUGUAGUGCACUAKUGCAGAUAUAUAGGUAGUACGCAGUUUAUGCGUUGGAUUUCUUAGUAAAACUAGAGCUUUGGUGACUUGCAAAUUUAUUUUUAUUCUUUUUUAAUGGUUGAACGAAAACUACACAAAAAUGAAAACGCGAUUCUCGACGUUGGACAUAAUGUGUGUCGUCAAAGAAAUUCAAAAAUACAAAGGUAUGAGAUUACAAAGAGUUUAUGACAUUGAUCAUAAAACAUAUUUAUUUAAAUUUCAACUUAAUAACGAAAAGUGUGUGUUGUUAUUGGAAUCUGGUGUUCGAUUACAUGUUACUAAUUAUGAAUGGACUAARAAUGAAGCACCUAGUAGUUUUAGUAUGAAGCUAAGAAAACACUUAUCAAACAAACGGUUGGAAAAAUUAUCACAAAUGGGAUUUGAUCGAAUUAUUGAUCUGCAGUUUGGUGUUGGAGAAGCAGCAUACCAUGUUAUACUAGAAUUAUAUGAUAAAGGCAAUAUUAUUUUAGCAGAUAAAGAUUAUAUUAUGAUUAAUAUUUUACGUCCACACACUGAGGAUGAAAAACAGAAAUUUUUCGUUAAGGAGGUGUACCCAAAUAGCAGACCGAAAAAUCGACUUAAUCCACCUACGGAAGACUAUUUAAUUCAAAUUCUGAAAACAGCUAAACCUUCAACAAACUUAAAGAAAUUUAUUUUUUCAAAUUUUCCAAAUUGUUUAGAUUAUGGAAAUUGUUUAUUAGAACAUAUGUUAAUAAGUGGCGGUUUUCCAAUAAAUACAAGAAUUGGUAUAGAAUUCAAUAUUGAUACAGAUAUUCAAAAGCUCAUGAAUUGCUUUGAUAUUGCUGAAAAGUUCUUAGACAAUAUUACUACAUUAAAAGAAGGUUUUAUAAUUCAAAAAAUUGAUCAACAGUUGUUACCCAAUGGUAUUAUGAAAGAAUUGUGUACCAAUCAAGAGUAUCAUCCUUUUUUGUUUGCUCAGCAUCAGAAUUUACCUUCAAAAAUUUAUGAAAGUUUUAAUGAAGCUGUAGAUGAAUUUUAUUCUAAUUUAGAGAGCCAAAAAUUUGAUGUUAAGUGUAUGCAACAAGUUA